AUGAAGCACCGUGAGGGCGCAAGACCUCUAACGGUGGUGCUCAAGCUAGGCACCAGCUCUAUUGUUGAUGAACAAACCCAUCAACCCCUGCUGUCCAUCUUGAGUCUUAUUGUCGAGACAGCAGUCAAACUGAGGAAAGAUGGCCAUAGAGUAGUCAUCGUCUCAUCUGGUGCCAUUGGCGUCGGCCUUCUCCGCAUGGAAAUGGACCGAAGACCGAAGCACCUGUCAACGCUACAGGCCCUGGCGGCCAUCGGACAGUGUAGACUCAUCAGUCUGUGGGACGACUUGUUUGGACACUUUAGGCAGCCCGUCGCUCAGAUUCUUCUCACUCGCAAUGACAUAGCGGAUCGGACACGAUACCUCAAUGCGCAAAACACAUUCAACGAGCUUCUUGACCUGGGGGUCAUCCCUAUUGUCAACGAAAACGACACUCUCGCAGUCUCAGAAAUCAAGUUCGGCGACAACGAUACCCUUUCCGCCAUCGCCGCUGGCAUGGUCCAUGCCGAUAUGCUAUUCCUCAUGACGGAUGUCGACUGCCUCUACGACAAGAACCCCAGGACAAAUCCGGACGCCCAGGCUAUUGAGGUCGUUGAAGAUAUUUCCAGUAUCCAAGCCGACGUAUCAACAGCCGGCUCCGCCCUCGGCACCGGCGGCAUGAUGACCAAGAUCGUCGCCGCUCGCCUCGCAACCUCAGCAGGCGUGACGACUGUCAUCACCCGGUCUUCCAAUCCGGGCAACAUUGUGAAGAUCGUCCGCUACAUCCAAGCUCAACAAAGACACUCCCUGCGCUUCGAUAAUUCUGACAGCGAGCAUGACAGUACGGAAGAUCCCCUAUCCCAAUCUACGGCCUCCCUCCGCCUGGACCAGUCCGUUGCGAAACCCCCGCUGCACACUCGCUUCCUCCCCUCCUCAGACCCGAUCCGCGACCGCCACUUCUGGAUGAUCCACGGCCUCAAGCCGCACGGCACCAUCUACAUUGACUCGGGAGCACACAGUGCUCUACUCCGAAAGGCCGGGUUGCUGCCCGCGGGCGUGCUCGACGUCGAGGGCAACUUCGCACAGCAGGAAGCCGUGCGGCUCGUCGUCGUCGACAGGCUUCACCAGCCGAAUCCUGUCAACGGCGGCAAGAUGUGGGGCGGCACGCCGCUUGAGGUUGGCCGCGCGCUGGUGAACUACGCCGCGCCGGAGGUGAUGCGCAUCCGUGGCCAUCAGAGCUCUGAGAUUGGUGGGCUGCUAGGAUACGCCGACAGCGAAUACGUGGCGGAGCGGCAACACAUUCACGUUUUUAGUCGGGAGAGUCGGCCGGUAACGCCGAGCUUGGAGAAGGCGAAGGAGCAGAUCGUCGAGGAAGUGAUUGCGGGAGUUGCGGGAUACGAGGGAAAGGCAUGA